UCGGAUUAAAACGGAGACGUACGUUCCAUUUCAACGCAUCGUGAAACAAUGUGCGCUAAAAGCAAAGGCUCGGCAAAGAACGUGUUAUAAUAUAUGAGAAUUAUGAAGAAGAGAGAAAUUAAAUUAAGAACUCAAUAAAUACAUAUUCUUUGGGCUCAGAGCACUAAGCGAACACUAUCUACACGCAGAAAGGUUGCGGGGAGAAUGAUCAAUCUGUUCAGAAGUAGCAUAUUAUUUCCAAUAUCAUAAUGAGUCGGUAUAUUCUCUUUGCUAGUUCUAGUUUAAAUGCUAUCAAAAUGAGUCGAUAUUUACGUACUACAGUCAGGUUUUCAAGCUGUAUAUCUCGUACUAAUGAUAUCAUGUAUAAAAAUCCAUUCUUAUGUUUGGGAGACUAUCUUGAAAUUCCAGUUUUUACGGAAGCGGAAUUAUUAUUCCGUCCAACUUUGAAAUCUAUGCAAAUAGCUCAAAAUUUAUUUGUUCCUAAAGUUGGCCAUGAAAUUAAAUUUAUUACUGCUACAAUUGAUCCACUGAAAUUCCCGCAACAUGAUUUACCUGAGGUUGUCUUUAUUGGAAGAAGUAAUGUUGGGAAAUCAUCUGUUUUAAAAUCUAUUUUUGAAAAUGUUCCUGGAUUGAUCAUAAAAACAUCAAAAAAACCA